AUGGCCGCCAACGACAACGCCGUUGCGCAGUCGAUCAUCGACCGCCUCGUGCCCGCGACCCCGCGCUUCGUCUUUGAGAGUCUGCGCACCGAUCCAAUGCUGCGGCUUCUCCUGUGCGGCUACGUUACCUGCGUCGUGAUUCUUCUCGUCCCCUUGGUUCUCAUCCCAUUGUGUAUCUGCCUCAAGGUGGAUGGCCUUAUUCUCGCGCCGUGGCGAAUUGCCUUGGCGCCGCUAUGGGUCCUCGAGCUUCUCUGCAUCAUGAUCGCCGUCGCGGGGCUGUUUAUCGAAGACUCGGACGCCCAAGCCGCCGACGCCAGCGCAGUAAUAGAAGAGGCAGAUGCAUCUCUCGAAGAAGGCGCUAACAAGAGUCCACCGACCUACGGCGCCACCGACGAGGCCGUCGACGCGGCACCCAAGGCACUGGAUGACGUCGCUGACGCACCACUGCCAGCGAACACCAGUCCCAAGAUGAUGUUGUCUACGCGCGACUUUGCUGGCGGCGUCGGUACCUGCGUCGCACAUUUCCUCGUGGCUCUGCGCAUGGACCAUGUCUUCGAGUGCGCAUGGAUCUGGUUGUUUCUCGCGUUCAUCGUUUCGGAUGCGGUUGGCGGCCCCGAUAUCGGUAGCACGGGGCUCCUUAUCCAGUACUGUGUGAUUUUCCUCAAGCUCGACAACACGAUCUCUUGGAGCUGGGCCGUCAUCUUGAUCCCGACGUGGAUCCUCCUCGGUGUCGUCGUCGUUCUACUGGUGCGCGUACGCAGUGAUUUGCGAUACUCAACGCCCUUGUAG